AUGCCCAAUCCAAAGCCAACUCGCGAUGAGCUUCCCGAAGCUGGCGGAACUAGCGUGACCUACAAAGCAGCCAACAAGCUCGAGGGCAAAAGGGCACUCAUUACCGGUGGCGAUAGCGGCAUUGGAGCAGCUACGGCGGUGCUUUUCGCAAAAGAAGGCGCCGUAAUUACCACUGUAUAUCUUCCGGACGAAGAGCAGGACGCACAAGACACCAAGAAGCAGGUCGAAGAGGCUGGAGGAAAAUGCUAUCUGUUUGCGGCGGAUCUUGUCAAGAAAGAGAAUUGCCAGGCGGCAGUGGACUUUGCUCUAGAGAAGAUGGGCGGUAUCGACAUUCUCUUCAACAAUGCCGCCUAUCAAAUGAUGGUUGAGGAUAUCCUUGACCUUCCUGACGAGCAAUGGGUUCACACGUUCAACGUCAACAUUCACUCGUACUUCUACAUGGCGAAGUACUCUCUCAAGCACAUGAAACGCGGUGCCGUCAUCAUCAACAACGCGUCUAUCAACGCAUACAUCGGCCGGCCCGACCUGCUCGACUACACCUCUACCAAAGGAGCCAUUGUGUCGUUUACACGUGGUCUGAGUAACCAGUACAUUUCCAAGGGUAUCAGGGUGAAUGCCGUUGCCCCAGGACCAGUGUGGACUCCGUUAAUCCCGGCGACAAUGAACGAUGAAGCGCAAAAGCAAUUCACCAGUCCUAUGGGCCGACCAGCGCAGCCAUCAGAAAUCGCAAGUUGUGUUGUGUUCCUGGCUUCAAUGGAUAGCUCAUGUAUUAGUGGACAGACGAUACACUGCAACGGUGGCACUGUGGUGAAUGGUUGA